AUGCUUAACGCUGAGACGAUUAGAACGGAUAGCAUUCAGUCAUCGAGCGAUACCUGUUUUGCAACUUUUAUGCUUGAAGAAUGUAACAUUCGCGGGAAAGUGAGCGAUAUAGAUAAACGACGAAUUGUUGAGGAAUCUGAGUUCCUUUAUAUGUCUAAUGCAGCAGCUGGCUUGAAAGCAAGCAGAGAACGGUGCUAUCAGUCAAGGGACGAAUAUUUCAAAUGUUGCGAAGAACAUAAAACUUAUGAGGGAUCCAAGUGUAAGAAGCUGAAGGAGAAAUUUGAGAGGGAUUGUCCUGCAUCAUGGGUCCCACAUUUCAUUCGUAAGCACAACUACGAAAAGUACAAACAAAAGUUAGUGGACGAGGGGGUUUUACUGACAGAAGUGAAUGAUGCUGAUAAGGUGAAUGGUGGUGGGGAUCGUUUACUUCAUGUAACCUGUAAUGUACUGGCUAGUUCUACUGUGCACGGUGAUACCAACUUCCCGAGAACAAAUAGUGAAAAAUUAGCUUAUUGCGGUUGUGUAAACGAUGUGCUGCAUGGCGUUAGUGUUGAGCAGUUUUGUGAACGCAUGAAAAUAUUUGGUAAUAUGAAAUACCUGGAUGCAUUGCGGAUUUUGAAGGAAGUUCGUUACCUGAAAACAGGUCGUUUACUUUUGAGACACUUAUGCUCUUCUUCAUCUUCACUGCCACCAUAUGUAGUACUUGAAAUGGUUGAAAUGCUUGCUUGUAUUCACAUGGAAAAUGCAGCUGAAAGAAGCGAUGAAGAGCUUUGGCGAGAGUUGUUACUCCUGACGAAUAAAGUGCCAUAUUUUUUAAAACCGACUGUUUCGCUGCUCCUGAAAUCAUGUUGUCCCGUGAAUAUUAUGCCAAAAUUGCCGUCAAACUUGAUGUUACGUCCUGUAGUUAUCACUGCUUUAUUAGCUAAUUAUAUCCGUUUUGGGAAAAUAAACCUCUUUCAAACAUUGCUUGCAAAAGAAACGGACUACGAUUUGUUUAAAAACGAUCAGUUACUGCGAGUUCUUGCUUUGCAUGCUAAUUCUCACCCAGCUGUAUCAUCUACGUAUUUGCGAUAUCUCUCACAACGCCGUGUUAUCUUGUUAGGUGACAAUAUGUGGCAUUUCAAUUCUAUCAUCUGCCAAUCAAAAUAUUGGGAUAUCAAGAACACAACUAUAUCAGAUAAUGGGGAUUGCUGUAUAUGUGGUGGAAAAUUUAAGAAAAAUGAAGAUUUGUCAGAAAUGGAAUUCAACUUACUUAAAAAAGAAAUAAUGAAAUAUUUAUCUGAUGAUAUGCAAGUGUUCUCCAGUGCCACAGAUCAAGAGAUUUUCAAUUUAAAGAAACAUAUAAAGCAAGAAAUAAAGUCUCCUGAAGACCGGCAGUCACUGGUUGUUGAUGCUCUCAAUGUUUUAUACACAGGUAUCAAUAAUAUGAGAUCAAAGUAUGGAAUUGACAAAGUGUUACAAACGUCGUUGAAUAUAUUUCCUAAUGUAUUGCUUAUUGUGCGAAAAGGCGGUGACACGAAUCGUGUGUGGAAUGAACAUGAUAAAUUCAGCAACUCUCGCUUGUCAGCAUUCUUCUGCGACAGAAUGAGUAAUGAUGAUUUAUUUCUAUUGCUAGCAGUUAUGGAACUUGGAAUAAAUGCUUACUUCUUGACAAACGAUUCCUUUAUAAAUCAUCGUAAUAUGUUAACUUCGUCGGGUCAAACAUUAUUCGAUAAAUGGGUAGAGAAAAGAGCUGUGCGCUUGGAUAACAGAGAUAUAAUUAUGCCCUCGGAAUUUGCUGCAUAUGUGCAUGAGACAGAGAAUGGUUAUCAUAUUCCCAUUAAAACAGUUAACAAAUCAGUUGCCUUAUAUUCUUAUCUUUGCGUCCGAAGAAAACAUGUCCAAUAG